AUGCCGCCCAAGCGCAUGACAGCGAACCCCGUCAAACCGGCGCGUUAUCGCGCCGGUAAGCCUACGGGGGUGGAAUCCGACUCCGACUCCGAUGCCAGCGACUCUGAGGCGCCCGCCGAGCCCGCGCUCCCUCCGCCACCGAAAGCGACCAGCGCCGGAAAGAUCUCGAGCAACCUGGGAAAAGUCGACCUGAACGCGCGCAGGAAGGAGGCCGAGGCCGCUGAAGAACGGCGACUCGCCAAGGAAAAGGCUGAGCGAUUGGCCGCCGAGGAAGGUUUCGUGACGGAAGAGGAAGAAGAGAGCGAGGAAGAAGAGGACGACGACGAUGAAGAGGAGAGCGAAUCUGAGGAGGAGAGUAGCGAAGACGAAGCCCCGCGACGGUUAAUGAUCCGACCAAAGUUCAUCCCCAAGAACCAGCGAGGAAACGUAAAAGACCCCGCCCAACAAGAGGAAGAAGCUCGCCAGGCAGAAGAGGAAGCGCGUAAGAAGGCCGCCGACGAGCUAGUCGAAGAGCAGAUCAAAAAGGACCUCGCCGCGCGCGCAGCGGGCAAGAAGCACUGGGACGAUGAUGAGAACGAGGAUUCAGAUGUGGACACGACCGACGGGCUGGACCCUGAGGCUGAGGAGGCUGCCUGGCGCGUCCGUGAGCUCAAGCGCCUCAAGCGCGCGCGCGCUGCUAUCGAGGAGCGCGAGAAGGAGCUUGCAGAGGUGGAGCGACGGCGCAACCUGACUGAGGAAGAGCGGCAGGCUGAGGACGAGGCGUUCUUGGCUAAGCAGCAAGAAGAGAAGGAGGGCAAGGGUAAGAUGUCGUACAUGCAGCGGUACUUCCACAAGGGCGCCUUCUUCCAAGACGAGAUGAAGGCUGCUGGCCUGGAUAAGCGAGACAUCAUGGGCAGUCGGAUUCAGGACGACGUGCGGAACCGCGAGGCGCUGCCAGAGUAUCUGCAGCGUCGCGACAUGGCCAAGCUGGGUCGCAAGGGCGGUACCAAGUACAAGGACAUGCGCACCGAGGAUACAGGUCGCUGGGGCGAUAUUGAUGGUGGUCGGAGGAGAGGAGGAGGGGGCAAGUUUGACGAAGAUGAGCGAUUCCGCCCAGAUGAUGAUCGUUUUCGACCCGACGAGCGGAGCGCAGGAGGCGCAAAUGCCAUCCCCCUCGGCUCGCGCGACGAUCAGAGGAAGGGUGAUCGACGAGACAGAGAUGAUGGGUAUCGGGAUCGAAGAGAUAGGGACUCGUAUCGUUCAAGGGACGACAGUCGAAGGAGGUCACGGUCGCGAUCACGGUCACCGCGUCGUGAUAGGGAUGAACAUCGCAGUCGCCGGAAGCGCAGUACAUCGCGCGACGACGACCGGUACGAGAGUGACAAGAGACGCAGAGUGGAUGCCAGGUAG